AUGAAUUAAUAAUUCUAAAUUCAUGAUAUUGUUCUUGCUCCAGGCUUAUCAAUUAAAAUAAGGAACACCAUAUAAUUUAAACAUGGAUAGGAUGGAUUCCAUUUAUGGGAAGUAAAUUGAGAAGUUGUUUUAUUAUUCAAGGCAGGGAUUGUAUUGACAAGAUA